AGCGUAUGACGCGGCUGGCCAGGAGACGAGAGUUGAAUAUGGGGGGAACUUUAUGUUAUGCAUGUGGUAAAGUUUCAUUCGUGACUAUCCCUGACAGUAGCUAGCUAACGUUAGUACUGUAGCAACUAGCUACAGUACUCUUCUAAUUUCUACAAAAUUGUAGCCUAGCUGAUCUGGUCACUGGAUAAACUCAUUCUUGUCACACCUCAAUCAACUGAAUUCUGGCUAGCUAGCUAGUUACAUGGAAACAUCUGAAUAUCUCCUAUGCAAGUGGAAAGGCCACCACUGGCCAGCUAAGGUUUUGAGAAGAGUGUGCAAUUCCAAGAGGAAGAAGGAUAUGGAAGUGGAAAUGUUGGGAGAAGGUCACAGAGUGUGGGUGCAGCAGAAGGAAACGCAAGCCCUGAACCAAGAAUGCAUCGAGAGCAUCUCUGGACAUCUGAGUGAUCAUGCUUCCAAAAGGAGGGACCCAAUAAGAGAAUUGAAAUACCGGAGAGCACUGCGCUUGGCAUUGGAUAUGUUCCCCUCAGGAGAGACGAGCAGCACUCUGGUGUUAGGAGACCCCAGAACAUCCGAAAAGGGAAGAGACCAACAGUUGCCAUCGGCGCCUGAAGAGCAAGAAACGAGAGCAAGACGCGUCAUCCGAGCAAAUGAGCCUCAGUCUGAGGAAAACAACGAUUGUGCCUCUCAAAAAACAAGUCCGGGUGCAGCUCAAGAGAAUGUCACUGUUCACAGUGUGGCCGAUGUGUCAAGUGAUUUGAGCCUUACUCCACCUUCUUCAUCCCCACUGCAACCGCUCCAAGUGUCCUUCGACGAACAGGAGGACAGUAGUCUGGAGGAUGAUGACCUACCCAGUUUCACUUCUCCAAAGAAAACCCUAUCCAUCACAAAGGGAGCUUGUGUCUGGUGUAAAUAUCGACGUUGCCCCUUCUGGCCUGCUAUGAUCAUGUAUGUUUUCCGCAAAGAGAAGAAAGCCAGUGUCGUGUUCAUCGACACAUUUCUUUUCACACAGAAGAGGAAGAGGUGAGCAUCUUCAGUAAUACUGAUAGGGAUUGUAGAUAUGAAAGUGUAGAUGUUUUCAAACAUCAUUUAUGCUGGGAAGCUGUUUUCAUGUGCUGUUAUUAGCUGUAACAAAUUAUCUCUAUGUUAACAAGACGAAUAUGUAUGUUUAUGGCUGUAACCUGACGGAAUUUGGUCUUUACGAAAGAAGGCAGGAAGGAAACAUGAAUCAUUCGCAUAGUUCUGCCCUACUGUGGCUCCAAGGUUAGUCACAUAUUUAUUUAGUGACACGACUUUGAAGGAUGAAUAAAACAUUUUAUUUUACCCUUCUUUAGCGUCAAGGUCUCCUUAAAGAAUAUCAAGCCCUUUGACUGUGAGGAGUCAAAUGAGUUGGUGGACAAAGCCAAGGAGAUAUAUGGUACUGCCAUCCACUAUUGCCUGAAGCUUAUUGGGGACUAUAGAAUUCGCCUUGGUUGUGGUUCAUUUUCCGGUUCCCUCGUUGAGUAUGUUGCUGAUGACAUCAGCAUCCCUAUGAGAAAGAUGUACCUUCUCGGCCCAUCUGACAGUUAUCUGGCCUCGCCAAGUCAAGACGUGGAGGACCAGAGAAGUUACCAGGGGACUCCGGAAGACCAUGCGACCACCAAGGGCAGUGACCAGGAGCCACAGGUCUCCAAGAGACUGCUACCUGACCGCGCCAAGGCUGCACGAGACCGGGCCAAUGACAAACUACUGCAGUUCAUCGUCGAUAAAAGAGGCGUGGAAAGGCACUUGCAGGCUAUUAUCAGCGGUCAGGUGGUGUCCAAGUGGCUGAAAGCCUUCCGCAAGGCCAGUGGUCAAGCAGUGGACCCCUACUUUGAGACGGACCAGCAGGUGGAGCAGGUUUUCACUUAUCUCAGGAGCAUCAUGGAGGAAGCCUUGCCAAGUCUGCCAGAGUUAGAUCAGAUCCGCUUCAUCCUCGAAGUGCUCUUACCAGAGGCUGUCAUUCAUGGAAUCUCGGAGGUCGAUGACAUAUCCCUGGUUAAGGCUGAAGAGAAAUACUCACAAGGGCCUGGCAUCAGUAAUAGAGAGCGAGAGGAGUUUGACCUUAUGAUUGUGCAGCAGAUGAAGAAAAAGCACUGCAGAAACGAUAAAGAAUAAGAAGGGUUGUGUGUUCUGUUACGGGUUUUCAUUGGCUAAUGCCACUAGUGUUUAUAUUGUUCAUAGGUUAUGUGUUUAUAGGUUACAUACUCUUUAUUUUUCAAUACAAUCAUUUGUAUACUGAACAAAAAUAUAAACGCAAUAUGCCACAAUUUCAAAGAUUUUACUGAGUUACAGUUCCUAUAAGGAAAUCGACCGAUUUAUAUUGCGUUUAUAUUUUUGUUCAGUAUACAAAUGAUUGUAUUGAAAAAUAAAGAGUAUGUAACCUAUAAACACAUAACCAAUAAUGAUUGAGAUAUAUUAAUUAGGCCCUAAUCUAUCGAUUUCACAUGACUGGGAAUAUAGAUAUGUAUCUGUUGGCCACAGAUACCUUUAUAAAAAUGGUAGGGGCGUGGAUCAGUAUCUAGUGUGACCACCAUUUGCCUCAAGCAGCGUGACACAUCUUUACAUAAAGUUGAUCAGGCUGUUGAUUUUGGUCUGUGGAACUCUUUUUCAAUGGCUGUGUGAAGUUGCUGGAUAUUGUCGGAAGCUGGAACACGCUUCCACGAUCCAGCGCAUCCCAAACAUACUCAAUUUCUGGUGAGUAUGCAGGCCAUGGAAGAACUGGGACAUUUUCCAGGAAUUGUGUACAGAUCCUUGCGACAUGAGGCCUGUACAUUAUUAUGCUGAAACAUGAGGUGAUGGCGGCAGAUGAAUGGCAUGACAAUGGGCCUCAGGAUCUUGUCACAGUGUAUCUGUGCAUUCAAAUUGCCAUUGAUGAAAUGCAAUUAUGUUCGUUGUCCAUAGCUUAUGCCUGCCCAUACCAUAACCCCACCACUACCAUGGAACACUCAAUUCACACCGUUGGCAUCGCAAACCACUCACCUACAUGACGCCAUACACGUGCGCUGCGGUUGUGAUGCAGUUAAUGGUAGAGAGAUUAACAUUCAAUUCUCUAAUUUCAGCUCAUGAAACAUGUGACCAACACUUUACAUGUUGCAUUUAUAUGUUUGUGCAGUGUACAUUGGUGUAGCUAUAACGGUGGUGGUUUGUUUAUUUUCCAUGGCUUUCCCCCCCAACAAUUAUUUUCUGGAGCUACAGUUGAAUGGAAUCCACAAUUGCAUACUCGGUAUGUUACUCAACUUCCUGCCAUAAUUGGUGAUACAGAUGCAAGUGUAGAGCUCUUGAAAAAGCUAAAUUAAAGUGAAAUUAGGUCAUUUGUCACGCGGUCUAGUUAUUUGGCAUGAUUGAUCAUCUUGUGUGAUGGGCAGAGAUAUAUGUACAAAUUGAAAUAGCUAUAACGGUGGUGGUUUGUUUCUUUUCAAUGUAUUUUCCUUUACAAUUAUUUUCUUGAACUUGUUGCUAUUAUUCUGGGUGAGGUAUGUUUGUAUCGCCAAAGAACAAAAGCGGAUCUCAGGAUGAAAGCAAUAAAAUUACGUUAGUUUUAAACAUAUAUGUGUUUGCUGCAUAUAUUCUAGGCCGUCAUUGUAAAUAACAAUUUGUUCUUAACUAACAUGCCUAGUUAAAGGUAAAAGAUAUAAACCUACAUAACCCAGAGUCCAUACUGUCAAUCAGGAAAUGACGUGUAUGCGCAUGCGUUGAGUUCCUUUACUUCCAAAACAACACGCGUGCUGUUCCAAGAUGUCCGCGCCUAUGGAAAUAGUUCUGAGUGCCGAUUCGGCUGGACAGCUAUGGAACUGUGCCGUUUUGGAACUCCAUUCGGGCACAAAUCUCUUGGCCUAUCGAGGUGGCAAUACUUCUUCGAGGUCACUCACAGUUUUGAAUGGAGAGUACAUCCUCGGAGCCCAACUCGGGAAAAACUUCAUCAACGUGUGGGAAAUCCAGAGAAAGGAUCAGCUGCAGCAGAAAAUUGUGUGCCCUGGGAUUGUGACAUGCUUGACUGCAUCCCCCAAUGGCCUGUAUUUGGUGGCAGGCAUUGCUGAUGCCAUCUACUUAUGGGAGGUUUCCUCUGGGAAUUUGCUGGCCAUCUUGAGCCGCCAUUACCAAGACCUGACCUGCCUACGCUUCAGUGACGACAGCAGCCAUUUCAUCUCAGGAGGCAAAGACAACCUGGCACUGGUCUGGAGUCUAGCCAGUGUGGUGCAGCUGGAUCCGUCACACACCCCUGAGCCUCGUCAUGUCCUGUCCCGUCAUUCUCUCCCCAUCACCGACAUCCACUGUGGCCUGAUGGGACCCCAGGCUCGAGUAGCUACUGCAUCCCUGGACCAGACAGUCAAGCUUUGGGAGCUAUCCUCUGGCGAGAUGCUCCUGUCUGUUCUUUUUGACGUAGGCAUCAUGUCAGUGACCCUUGACCCCUGCGAGUACUACCUCUUCUGCGGUGGCAGUGACGGCGGUAUAUUUCAGGUGUCCCUCUGUAGCCAGAGCUUAAGUCGGGAUAAGACGUUCCAGUCGGACAACGAGGGCAACCAGGUUUUUAAAGGACACAGGAACCUAGUGACAUGUGUGUCUGUCUCUAUGGAUGGCACUCUCCUCCUCUCGGGCUCCCACGAUGAGACCAUACGACUGUGGGACAUCCAGAGCAAGCAGAGCGUCCGCAGCAUCAACCACAAAGGUCCAGUCACAAAUGCCCUCAUCAUCCCUGCCCCUGCCAACAUGUUCCUGCCUGACAGCCGCCCGGGCAUACCCCUGCCCCGCUUCAGCCGCCACCUCAACCCCUCAGAACAGGGCGAGGGCGUGGAGACCGGAGGAGUGUGCCUGCGCCUGGCCCCCCACACCCAGGCCCAAAAGGAGACCUAUUUGGAGAAAGCAGACAAACUCUACUCCAUCAUGAGUGCCGUAACAGACAAGUGUGUGUUUGGUGAUGGCGAGAACACCAAGGUGCGUGUGUCGGAGCUGGAGGAGGAAGUGAGAACGCUGAAGAAGGUUAACAAGGACCUGUACGACUUCUCCACACAGCUCCUCACCAAGCCCAGCUAGAGAAGAGCCACCACCCCUGGCCACGGCUCCCCCAUCCCACCAGCAGGGACCCUACUAGGGGGAGGGAAGACACUGCAAGCCCCCCCUCACUACAGACCGGUAGGCUAGGGAAAUAUAAGUUAGUGUGUGUCAUUCAUAGUGUUUGUUUUGUAAGGGAGAGUGUAUGUUCAGCAGGACUUCAGGUGUUAAAGUUAUACCAUGGACUGCAUUGCUUGUAUCAUGAUCCCUCGCCAUAUUUAGGAUAAAGGAGUUAAUUUAACAUGAAAAAAAUCUGCUCACCUUGUUUGUGCGACAUGUUCAAUGUUAGCCACAGGCUACUUGCAGUAGUCAAGUGCAGCCAGAUAGAGCGACAUAAUUGAUCUUAGCGCUAUAUUGACAUCCCUUGACCACCUCAACUCACAGCCCUGUUCCUUCACACUCAUCACCACUGCCUAUAAGGCCAAAAAUCCCAUCAGCCAAAAAAUCGGUGUAACAGUAUCCAGGUACUGCCCUCUGACCUUUCAUCCUUUUUGUAAUCUGGCUAACCUCAGAUUCCUGCAUUAUCCUCUCCUUUUUAUUUUUUAUUUUUGUUUACCUCGGCUUGGCCACGUUCUAUAGCAUUCAACCAGUUAAUAGAUUAAGAGAAUUUGUGUGACAAGGACAUUAUGUGCACCCAGGUGUGUUUGGCUUAGCAUCGAUGAGGCUGGUGUUAAUUUCAGUCGCACAAUAGGUAUGACCACCAUGGUUCAUAGGUCCCCUUCACCUUCUGUCAAGCAAAACUGUUUUCCCAUUAGCAAUAUGCACAUACUCUGUGUUAACCUGUUUAGAUAAAAACAGCUCAAGGCAGGAAUAUCUCAAAGAAAAUGGUGGUGUUAAAAAUACAAUACGGAAGAGUAGAGGAAUAUGUUUGAUUAACCCUGAGGAAUUAGCCUGAAGACUGUGUACAGUUUUUCCGUGCCUGUAGCAAUCAUGGAUUUGGUUGUGCAGUGCCCAGCAACGCUAUACAACUGCAGAAUCCUCCAGAAAUCGCUCUUCCUCUCAUCACUGCUAAUUCUCCACCCGGGGCACUAAAUUAGAGGCAGCGACAUAGAAAUAGUGGUUGAUUUUCAUCUUUUUCUCAUUCGCCCGCUUUGAUGAGAUCAGGACAAUGUGUGUGCCUCUUCGGUAGAGAAGAGGGAACUGAUAAGGACAGCAGCCCUCCUGUCCAGAGAGAGCCAUGGCUUUAGAACAGGGAUUGGCAACUCUCCUUUUGUAGGCCCGUAGUUGUAAAAAUAAUCUCAAUUGGGGUCUCAAUUUACUGUUAAGAGUCAAAAUAGUAGAAUACAUAAAGUGCCAUUUCAAAAUGUGGUUUUGCAUCAGCAGUUUUCCUCUUAUGUCAGUCACUGACAGUCACACAAUUAGCCUAUGUCAGCUAACAUUUUUCAGAUUGGUAAAUUAGUCCAGCCAGCCAUAUAAACGUGUUCUAAUCAUAGUUGAUUUAACAACCGGAGGGCCCCCCUUUGAUUUUGUUAGUCAUUCUAACUCAGAUAUCAUAUUAUAAAUUGCAAACAUUUGUAUAGCAACUAUGGCAACGUGUAGAAUUGCAGGAAAUUGGCUGUAACUGCUCAUUUCUCUCCGCUCCAUGGCAAAAUUUAUAUAAUUGCAUUACAUUGGGAAGUAAUUGCUACGCCCCACGGCAAAAUGUGUAGAAUUGCAGGAAAUUAACUCUAAAACUUCAAUGUUUUGUCUCUGGGGUCAAGGGGGGACUGCAAAAAUAUUUUGAUUGCAAGGUAGGCAGGGACCCUUAACACAAUUCCACUUAGGGCUCCCAAAAGGCUAAGGCCGGCUCUUGACUGCAUGUGUGGGUAUGGAUGUGGGUACACAGACCCACGAGCCACUGCGGCCUCUCAUGGUGGGGGGUGGGCAGGCCAGUGAGAUGGAGCUUCUGAGGGUUGGAAGAGUGAAGUGUUCAGUGUGGGGGAUUAAUUGUUUUGUUCCUCUAAUAAAGACAAACAGACCAACUGGAUUUGUACUUUUUUUGUGUUUUUGUACCUUUCUGAAAUCAUGGGAAAUAAAAACAAAAUAUGCACA